GCUUCACCCAACCCUUGGGUUCUAUAAAUACCUCUCUUACAACACCUCUCUCUCAUCUCAUCUCAUCUCAUAUUGUUUUGUUUCCAGGGCUUUCUUCCAAGAACAAGAAGGGUCUCUCUCUCUCUCUCUGUCAAAGCAAUCGCAACAAGGGUAACAGUUACUUAUCAGACAACAUACAUGGUUGAACCCGACGGCCAGAUCCCACCUCCUUUCCCACCUCCUUUUGAUCCAUUUUCUGACGCCAACGACGACUCUGCUGCCCCUGGAGCAAAAGGGUAUGUUCAUAUUCGCAUCCAACAGAGGAAUGGUAGAAAAAGUCUGACGACAGUGCAAGGGCUGAAGAAAGAAUUCAGCUACGAAAAGAUCCUCAAGGAUCUUAAGAAGGAGUUCUGCUGUAAUGGGAAUGUUGUGCAGGACAAAGAGCUUGGCAAGGUUAUUCAACUCCAGGGUGACCAGCGUAAGAACGUCUCCAAUUUCCUCGUCCAGGCUGGCAUUGUGAAGAAGGAACAGAUAAAGUUGCAUGGUUUCUAAAGCAAUUGGGCCUGGUGUUGAUGCGUUUUGUGUGGUUGUGUUGAUCUAUAAACGCCUAUUAUAAUUUGCUGUUUUGUGUCCAUAGAUAUAGGUUGUGUUUGGCUUGUUUUUGCCUUUUUUCUUGAAACUUCUAAUAUGACAUGGAGAUUUCAGUACAAUGGUGUUGGCUCCUAAAUUUCUCCAGUGAUAAUAAAAUGGGAAAAUUAUUAUUUGUUCCUA